UUAUCAUAUAAUUUUCAAAAAAGGGAGAGAAUCUGAUUUGUUUUUUUGAUUGUUACUAGUCAGUAGUCACGGUAAUGAUAUCACACGUCUCUACAUAACCUCCCAAGCAUAACAAACCCAAGUAUAGGCAUAUCGACAAAAUCUCAACCUCAGAACGUUCCUGUCUCAGUCGAGACAACAACGAAAAUCUCAACCUCUUAGUGUUGCUUGUCUCAUUCGGAAAUUGUUAUAUUCAUCAAUACUCAUCGACUCAUCGUUGUUGUCGUCAUCAUAUAGCUUGAUCGUCUUCCCCUUCUCAACUGGUUAAUCAAAAAUCUCACUCUUGACUAUUUUAUAUUUAGUCAUCUGCAGCUGUCGAGAGUGAAAUAGAGGGCUGACAUGGGGAGUUUGAGUUACUUGCUACAGAGGUUAGGCCUUCUGCUACUCUGUUGUGCCGUGGCAGCUAAUAAACUACCACUCGCGAGCGCAAAGUAUAAGGACCCGAAAGAGCCAUUGGGAGUCAGGAUCAAGAGCCUGAUGAGCCGUAUGACACUUGAAGAGAAAAUAGGGCAGAUGAUUCAGGUGGAACGAGUCAAUGCCACAGCCGAAGUCAUUCGAAAGUACUUCAUCGGAAGUGUGUUUAGCGGGGGAGGGAGUGUGCCGACGCCAAAUGCCAGUCCUGAAGCUUGGGUGAACAUGGUGAAUGAGAUCCAAAAGAAAGCGCUUUCGACCCGCUUAGGGAUUCCCAUAAUUUACGGAAUCGAUGCUGUUCAUGGUCACAACAAUGCGUACAACGCCACCAUUUUCCCUCAUAACAUAGGCCUCGGAGCCACCAGGGACCCAGGCCUUGUGAAGAGAAUUGGGGAAGCAACUGCGCUUGAAGUUAGAGCAACAGGAAUCCAAUAUGUCUUUGCCCCAUGUAUUGCAGUGUGUAGGGACCCUAGAUGGGGAAGGUGCUAUGAGAGCUAUAGUGAGGAUCACAGACUAGUUCAACAGAUGACUGAGAUCAUACCCGGUUUGCAAGGUGACCUUCCCACUAAUCAAACGGGUGUUCCUUUCGUCGCUGGAAAGACAAAAGUGGCAGCCUGCGCUAAACACUUUGUUGGAGAUGGAGGUACAUUGAGAGGUAUGAACGCAAACAACACGGUUACUAGUGCAAAUGGAUUGCUCGGAAUUCACAUGCCGGCUUAUUAUGAUGCGGUAAACAAGGGAGUUGCAACAGUUAUGGUAUCCUACUCGUCCUUGAACGGGUUGAAAAUGCAUGCCAAUAAGAAACUUAUCACGGGUUUCCUAAAGAACAAGCUCAAGUUCAGGGGCAUUGUCAUCUCAGAUUAUCUAGGUGUUGAUCAGAUCACCACACCUCUUGGUGCUAACUAUUCACAUUCGGUUUAUGCUGCUAUCACUGCUGGACUCGAUAUGAUCAUGGGUUCAUCAAACUUGACAGAGUUAAUCGACGAACUAACCAGUCAGGUAAAGCGAAAACUCAUCCCGAUGAGCAGAAUCGACGAUGCUGUGGAGAGAAUCUUGAGAGUCAAAUUCACAAUGGGGCUCUUUGAGGAUCCUAUGGCUGAUAAUAAGAACCCAAGUACUCAACUUAACACUGAAAAAACUCAACAGGAACACAGGGAACUGGCAAGGGAAGCAGUGAGGAAAUCUCUGGUGUUAUUGAAGAAUGGUGAAAAUGCAGAUAAGCCAUUGCUUCCUCUGCCAAAGAAGACCAACAAGAUCCUUGUCGCAGGAACACAUGCUAAUAACUUGGGAUACCAAUGUGGAGGCUGGACGAUCACAUGGCAAGGCCUCAGCGGCAACAAUCUCACCAUUGGUACAAAUACCAAAUUAGAAAUUGAAUUUGCAGGAACAACGAUCCUUGCGGCGGUGAAGAACACGGUGGAUCGGACGACGAACGUCGUCUACAAGCAAAACCCCGAUACUAAUUUCGUCAAGUCCGGCGAAUUCGAUUACGCAAUCGUGGUCGUCGGAGAGAAACUGUACGCGGAGGGAUUCGGAGACAGCACGAACUUAACCAUAUCGGAACCAGGUCCGAGCACAAUGGAAAACGUGUGCGGCUCGGUGAAAUGUGUGGUGGUGGUUGUAUCGGGGCGUCCGGUGGUGAUGCAGCCUUACAUCUCGAACAUGGACGCUCUAGUGGCGGCGUGGCUGCCGGGAACUGAAGGUCAAGGAGUGGCUGAUGUUUUGUUCGGAGAUUAUGGAUUCACCGGGAAAUUGGCUCGGACGUGGUUCAGGACAGUUGAUCAGUUGCCGAUGAACGUUGGUGACCCGCAUUACGACCCGUUGUACCCGUUUGGAUUCGGGUUGGUCACUAACCCAAUUUAACGCCUUUUGGUUCGUAGAUUGUUGCGCCAAACACACAAAAUGUUCAA